UAAGUCACCAAUGUUAAAUAAGUGUAUUUGACCUUUUGGGCGAAUGGGGCAGGUUAAGAAACGGGCCAACGGCCUUCUUCACAUUCCGUAUAAUUCACGCAGCCCAAUUCUGCCUUCGUCUCCACUCACCUUUCUAUUCACUUCGAAGUUCGACCUCCCCACUGGCACGCCAUCCGUCAAUCCACCCUUCUCCCGGUUCUUCAGAAGUUUGCAGAUAAAAGCAAAGGUGACCCAAUUUCAUCCCGGCUCUUGUCUUGGCCGAUUCUCAGAGAAAAACACCAACCAGAAAUGCCUACAAGCGACAACUCCGACAACAUCCAAGGCAUAUCAAAUUGUUAUAUAUUUAAAAGUCGAUUGCAAGAGUAUGCACAAAAACUCGGACUCCCAACGCCAAUUUACGAGACCAUCAAGGAAGGACCGCCUCACGGACCUUUAUUUAGGUCAACAGUGGUUGUGAACGACGUGAAGUAUGAUUCUCUGCCAGGAUUUUUUAAUCGCAAAGCGGCAGAACAGUCAGCGGCUGAAGUUGCUCUUCUGGAACUUUCCCGGUCUGGGGAUAAUAAAGAAUGCAUAUCAAUGCCGGUUCAUGACACAGGGUUGUGUAAGAACAUAUUACAAGAGUACGCGCAAAAGAUGAACUACGCCACUCCUCUGUACAAAUGCUCGGCAGUAAGGCAAGCAACUGGCAGGCAUCCUCUCUUCACUUGCACGGUUGACAUUGGGGGGGUCAAGUACAUUGGAGGAGCAUCAAAGUCCAAGAAAACAGCAGAGCUGAAAGCUGCCCGGACCGCCCUGCUGGCCAUCGAGUCUGAUCCUUCCAAGCCCAGCAGUGUGGGGCCCACCACAGACCACUCCCCUUCUAAUUACACCGUGGUCCCGAUGAAGAAACAGGGCGUGGACCCCACGGGGACCAGCCACCAUGAGACCGCCGCGUCUUUCAAGGCUAAUGGGAAGAAGUCUUGCGGCACUGGGUGGCUCAAGAGGAAGAGACACCGCGGCAAAAGACAGAAACACCUCCUUCCCAAUGAGGGCAGUGAAAAUCAUUAUAGCACUAGUGGAGCAAAUCCUGAAUCGGGUGCCACAGUUUUGCCACCAGGUAAUGAGGUAGGAGGUGAAGGUUCGCGUCUUGGGCUCGGGCAGGCGAAUCUUGUCGAGUCCCUGCCCUGCACUGUGUAAGAGAAACCCUCAGUAUUUAUCAUAAUCAUUUUGAUCGAAAAACCUGGUGCAGUAAUUUUUGCAUGUAACUGUUAUACUGCUGAAGUUGAUGAUGAUUGGGAGUAUUUGUGUAAAUCUAUUCAUUCAUGUGAUAACUCUAGACAUGUAAUUGUUCAAGCCCCUAAACAUACUUAUUGCAUUGUUUAGAAAGACGUAUUGAUUGUAAAUUUGUAAUGUAACUAUGUGAGGUGAAGGGUGU